ACUUAGGAUUAUAUAUUCAAAAACAAAAAUUAUUGUCUAUUACUCUAUAGUACCUACUCCAUAGGUUUUUUGUUUUUAAAGUUGUCUCUGUUAGAAAAGAUUGGACAGAGGAUUAGAUUUUAAUACAAUUUAUGUUACUAUAAUUUUUUCCAUGUAGUUUGAAAUAAUAAGAUUGAAUGAAUUUAAAGUCACACUCACUCUGGAAGUUUACAAAAAUGUCUUCUAUUCCAUUCAUCGAUAUUGGAGCUAAUUUGACAGAUCCCAUGUUCAAAGGAAUAUAUAAUGGCAAGAAAAAGCAUAAAGAAGAUUUAGAAGACGUUUUGGAACGUGCUUGGAAAAAUGAUCUUAAAAAGAUCAUUAUAACUAGUGGCAGCUUAAAUGAUUGCAUUGAAGCUUUAAAGAUAGCAUCAUUGAGUGAAAAUCUUUACUGCACUGUUGGUUGUCAUCCGACACGUUGUGAUGAGUUUACUGAAGCCAAGAGUCCCGAAGCAUAUUUAAAUAGUUUGACAGACUUGAUAAAAAAUAAUCAGUCAAAAGUAGUAGCAAUAGGAGAAUGUGGACUUGAUAAUCAACGACUACAUUUUUGCUCCAAAGAGAUCCAAGAAAAAUAUUUUGAAAUGCAGUUAAAAUUAAGUGGAGAUUUUAAUUUACCAUUGUUUUUACAUUGCCGUGAUGCAGCUCCUACAUUUUUAGAAAUACUAAAGAGAAAUCCCAAUCUUAUAAAGUCAGGAGGCGUUGUACAUUCUUUUGAUGGAAGUUUAAAAGAGGCCAUAGACAUAAUUAACUUGGGUUUUUAUAUUGGUAUUAAUGGAUGUUCAUUGCGGACAGACGAUAAUUUAAAAACAGUAUCAGAAUUGCCUAUAAAUCGUUUGAUGCUGGAAACAGAUUGCCCAUGGUGUGAAGUAAAACAAACACACCCAUCUUAUUCUUACGUACAAACCAAAUUUAAUUCGGUGAAAAAAGAAAAAUUUAUUGAUGGUUCUAUGGUCAAAGGAAGAAAUGAACCAUCAACCAUUAGGCAAGUCUUUGAAGUAUUAGCUUCAUUGAAAAAAGAAGACCCUGUAUGUUUAGGAAACCAAAUAUAUCAAAAUACUAUGGAACUAUUCUUUAAAGAUAAAUAGUUUUUAAUUAUCUUAUUAUUAUUUAAAUUAUGAUUAUGUUUCUUAGAAAAUAUAAAUUUG